AAACAACUAAACCACCUAAGAGCAGCAUCUUACUUAAGCAGAACCUGUAUUUUGGCUUGCAAACCCUAUGGACGUGGUGUCAGGGAUGAGAUUCAACCUACCUUUGCUCUUCUUUGUGACCUUGCAGGGCUUGCCAGGAGACAUUAAAUUCAAAUCGGGGUUAUUCAAGGACUGGGGAGAGCUUGUCCUGAUUUGUGUUCUCUCAGGUCAAACCAUGCUGUUUUGUCCUUGCAGCUAAGAGCAAACAGAAGAGGAGGCCUUCCCUUUGUGCCCUUUCCCCUGAGAAUUUGGAGGAGGAUUGCUGUGACUUUCAUGUGAUCACGUCACAUUGUAGAACUAAAGUUGCAUCAUCUUUGUGCAUCAAUGAAAAGUCCAGGUAUGGCUUUGUUCAAGCAACAGAAGGUGGAAGACAUUUAUGAAAUCGGGGAAGAGCUGGGAAGAUAGAUGUCAUCUCUCUCUGUUCUCUAGACUGAGUUCACCUGCCUGUGCUCUGAACCAAGUAGGAAACAGGAACUCACGGUGCAUUGUCAUAGAUGCAGCACUUAAAUUUGGCUUGCUAUUUGUAGCAGUGCUGCACAGCUGGCUCCCAGCACUGACAGAAUAUGUUCAGAUCUGCCUGCAGAGCACUGUUGGCCAGUUUGCCAUAGUGAAGAAAUGUCGAGACAAGAGCACGGGGCUGGAGUACGCUGCUAAGUUCAUUAAGAAACGCCAGAGCCGGGCCAGCCGCCGUGGAGUGAGGCGUGAGGAAAUUGAGCGGGAGGUCUCCAUCCUGCAGCAGAUCCUGCAUGCCAACAUCAUCAAGUUGCAUGACAUCUAUGAGAAUAAGACGGAUGUGGUCCUCAUCCUUGAGCUGGUUUCUGGAGGAGAACUUUUUGACUUCCUGGCACAGAAGGAAUCUUUGAGUGAAGAGGAAGCAACGAGAUUCAUCAAACAGAUUUUAGAUGGUGUGAAUUACCUUCACUCUAAGAAAAUUGCUCACUUCGAUUUAAAGCCUGAAAACAUUAUGCUUCUAGACAAGAAUAUCCCUAUUCCGCACAUCAAACUCAUUGACUUUGGCCUGGCUCACAAAAUAGAAGAUGGAGUUGAAUUUAAGAACAUUUUUGGAACUCCAGAAUUUGUGGCUCCAGAAAUAGUGAACUAUGAACCACUGGGACUGGCUGCAGAUAUGUGGAGCAUAGGAGUCAUCACCUACAUACUCCUCAGUGGUGCUUCGCCUUUCCUUGGAGAAACUAAACAAGAAACACUUGCCAACAUCACAGCUGUGAAUUAUGAAUUUGAUGAAGAAUUUUUCAGCAACACCAGCGACUUGGCAAAAGAUUUUAUUCAGAAACUCCUGGUGAAAGAUACACGGAAACGGCUUACAAUUCAGGAAGCUCUGUCUCAUCCGUGGAUAACGCUGAAAGAAGAAACAAAAGUCCAAGAAAAUAAGAAGGUUGAGAACACGCAGCUGAAGACAAAACGCCUGAGGGAGUACACCAUAAAGUGCCAUUCGAGUAUGCCUCCCAAUAACACCUACAUCAACUUCGAGCGCUUUGCCCGGGUAGUAGAAGACAUUUCACUUACAGAACGGGGGUUCAGCACUUUGGCUGCAUCCCAUGAUUCCUUACAGGAGGACAUUGAUGCUCUGGUUUCCAUUUAUAAUGAGAAAGAAGCUUGGUAUAAAGAGGAGAAUGAAAGCGUGAGGCACAAGCUGUCUCAGCUGAAGUAUGAAUACCGUAAAAUUGAAUCCCUGAAAAGGCACCUACAAGAUGAUAUCAAGACUGUAGGCACUAGUCUUACAGGCAUAACCGGGAAGUACACUGAUCUGCAGAGUCAGUAUGACUCUCUCAGUCAAGAACUUUCUGAGGAGCUCAAGUGGAUACAGGAUUUAAUGAGUAAUUUUCAACUGGAAAAUGAAGCCUGUGUGAAUGGAAACUUUGACUCUGUUUUCAACAAAGAUAUCAAUGAAUCUCUAAUGGAGCUGUUAAAUAGAUCUCGCUGUGAGGAAUUUCUUGCAGGCUUGAAUCUUGAGGUAGCAGCAUCACAUCAGUGAUACUGUAGAUCAGUCUAGGUGCAGAGUUUGCUGCCUCUUUCAAAGUACAGCAGCUUAAAAAGUUUUCAGUGCGUAGAUUUUACACAAAAAACCAUAACCUAGAUCUGAAACAGAAAAUCUCAUGUAUUGCACAAGGUGCUGACCAAAAGCUUGCAGUGUUCUGUAGUACUGAAGUAUUUUUCCUAUGUUCAGUGUCUGAACUUAUGGGAACUAUAUCAUCACAGUGUUAUGGACACAUCUAACCCUACAGCCUCUUGCAUUGCCUGCAUUAUACUUCAUCAUGUAUGACAGUUCUUGAAGAUUAUUGAGUAAUUAACGUGGAAUAAAGAGUAGGUCGGUCGAUACUUACUAGAAGCUGGAUGCAUGGAAACUGAUAAAAAUCUCCUGUAGCUUCCUUGUUUGUACGAAGGAAUGGUCCUGCAGACCUGCUGCAGGCAAUUCUACAAACCAUAUGAGAGAAAUAUUUGCACAGGUUAAAUCUGUCCCGUACACCAGAGUCAGCAGUGUAGUAACUGAACAUUUAGCUAGCACUGUGAAAUGGCUGCUGAUGAAGAAAAGUUAAGUUGAUUUUUUUAGGCCAGUUAUGCAGGGUGAAAUCUUUUUAUCAUCAAAGAUGUUGUUGAUUAAUCCUUUAGUUUAAAAUCCAGCUGACUUUCCUGUUCUGUACCAAAGAAAUCCUAUUCAUGUGACGCAACCGGGGACUUGCGAUGAACUGAUCAAAUAACUGUGUGUGUAAUUUCACAGUGCAAAUCUUAAGUUGAGAGUGAUAAGUGAUAACACAAGUACUGGUUUGCUUUCUACAGUAAAGGUGAUGACAAAGGUACAACUGAUGUCAUCUGUGGUGUGGGAUUUAAGGCCAGUGUUCUUGCUACGAAGAUACCUUUUUUUUUCCUUAAGGUUUAGAAAGUAAAAAACCCAAAUUGUCUCAAACUUGAGUCAUGCCUGAUUGCCUUGUGUUUCAAAGAAGUCCUUUGAUUAUACUGUAUUGAUAUGCACAGAUGUAUCCAUCUCAGUUUUGGACACAAUAAAUAGUCGCUUAUGCAGGAUGUACUUGUUCCCUGAUGGUGUAGCUAGUGACUGAAGAAGAGGUGUCAAGUUUCUGUGUACUGAAAAGAGUUACCAGCUUUGUUUCUGUGGCUAGUUUACAGCCAGCCCCUGUGCUUAGCCGUAUGAGUUCACUGCAAGGUAACAAGGUUUAUGCAGCUAGAAGAAUUGGUGAGAUCGUAGCCAGGCAUCACUGCUCAAGUCCAUCUAGAGUGGAUCUUUAUAUGCAUAUUGGAAUGUCUUUCACUGCCCAUCCUCAUUCCUCCUUUUCUAGAGAACCUAAUAAAUUAAAUGGAACUGUUGUUGUUCAGAA